AUGCCUCGAACUCGAAGCCAAUCCGAGAGCUCGAGCAGCGAAUGGGAAGUGGAAAAUGGCGUCGAGAGAGAAGUACCGAUAACCGAUGACGUGGAUUUGAUCUUUGGGAAUUACUUGGAUCAAUUGAAAGUGAUCGACCAUUUCCCUAACGAAAGUGAGGAAACGAGAGAAGCCUGCCGCUAUCAAGCGCAAGAGGAUCUCUUCUCAGCCGUCGGGAAACUCGACAACGUGAACAAGGCGCUGAAAAAAGUGAACUAUUUGCUGCAGAGAAAGAGGUCCACCGAUUUGAAUCCACAAAUUCUUGAGGAAAUGCACCGAUUGAAGAUCAAGCAACAGCAACAAUUGGAGGGAUCAAGUGUGGAAUUGAUUGAAGAAAGGGUUCAAGUACUCGAUGACACGGCUACGGAGACAUCAGCCGAAGGAAACGAAGAUCCACAGCCAAAUCCGGGAGAUGACAAGAAGCCAAAUAUUGAGGCAGAAACGAAUCUCGUUCAAUUAUUCGAUAUCACUGAAGACGGGGAAACCAUCUUCAAGAAAGAAGUCCUCGACGAUCUCUGUGAUCAGAUCGGUGAUAGACCGGUUUCCAUCAUUUCAACAGCCGGAAAAUUUCGACAAGGGAAAACCUUUUGGAACAAUGUUUUGUUGAAAGGGCUUCAACAAGGAAAAGCCGAUUUUAAACCGACUGACUAUAUUGGUGGUCAUGACGGUAUCCGUUUUCAAUCUGGAUACAUUCGGCACACAAAGGGGAUCAUGGUUUGGCCAAAGGUUUUCAUCAGAAAAGAUAAAGAAGGAAAGGAGCUGGCCGUCAUCCUCAUGGACACUCAAGGCACAUUUGACACGACGAGUGACAUGAUCGAUUCGGCGAUUAUCUUUUCGAUCUCACUCCUCAUGUCUUCCAUCAAAAUUUUCAAUGUUCGAACGCAAAUCGACGCCCAGGAUCUAGAUUCGCUGAAUCUUUUCCUUGCCUUCAGCCAAAGGACCGAUGAAAGGGCGGGACAGCACUUCAUCAUCAUGAUCCGAGACGCACUCGAAUCCGGCUUUCAACCAUCAUACAUUGAGACUCUUCAGGCUCAAACGAGACGAGCUCCUGAAUUGAAAAAGCUACUUGAGGGGAUCUUUUCGGCUUUCGAAAAAGUCGAGUGUUUCAUGGCGAAAACCCCGAGUGAGCAUGUGCUGAGUGCGAGUGGGGAGAUUAGAGCUCAAGAUUGCGGUGAUCGAUUCCUGGGAGAUCUCUGCGAAUGCGCAAAUCACGUGCUCGAGAAUUUGGUCCCAAAGACGUUCAUGGGAAAUCAUCUCACAGGGAACACGUUGAAGCGAUACGUUGAGAACCUCGUCGAUCACAUCAAAGAGAACAAUCACAAGGCAAUCGGAUCAGCUUUCCAGGCUACUUCCGAGCUCUUCUUCGAAAAAGCCAAAGCAGCCGCAGCUGAGUACUUCGCGGCAGCACACGAUCAGCUGAUGCGCGAGUCAGGGCAUCAGCCGAUAAAUCCAAAAGUGUACGAGAAGACACUCAAGAAAUUCGUCGAUGAAGCACUUCAGGAAUACAGCUCAAAACCACUCUUUGGGACUCAAGAAGUUAAAGAGAAAACUUUCUUGGCGAUGAAGGAGUCUUUGGAGGCAAAAUGCCAAGAGAAGCUGCUUAGCAAUCGGAGCCGUUUCCGCGACUUUUUGAUGGCCGAUGCGGUGCAGCAAAGCUCAGAGUUGUACGAGAAAGGGAUGAAGCCAGACUUCGGGGAUUCCCUUCUCGGAAAAGCUACCGUUGAACAAGUGAAAGCUCGACACGAGAAAGCCUUUCCUGAGGCAAUGUCACUUUUCGAAAAUGCUGUUGAGCCUUUCAACGAUGAGGUGGAUUUGAUCGAGUCUAAGAGAAAUCUUCUCACUAAGAUGAUUUUGACUCGUUUCGAGGAUCUCCAAAGUGACAACCUCGUCGUUCAAGUCAACGCAUCUUUGGAUUCAAUGAUCAACACGCUUGCAGACAAUUACGGAAAACAUUUGAAGGAGCAAGUUACAUCGGUCAAAAAAUUAGACGAAAUCGGAAUGUUUAUCGAACGCGGGAUGAACGCUUUGAAUACAAAUUUUGAAGCAAACAAGGCUCAAUUCAUCAUCGACAUUUCCCAACUAAUGCCGAAAAUUGAUUUGAACAUGCUCCGUCAAAUGAUUGACAACUUCAAGGAUGCGAAGGGAGCGCUGUUUAAGCGAUGCGAGGACUACUUUGAGUCCGAGGUUCGUGCGCAUUUCAACAUGGAAAGGCUGAAGAACAAGAUGAUCGAUAUGAGACAUCGACAAAACGAAGCACAGAAAAAAUUGCAAGCGCAACAGGGGAGAAUCCAAGAACAACUCACCGAUACAAAGCAACAAUUGGAUGACGAAAAACGCAAACGAGAGGCAGCUGAGAAGGGCAGCGAUUUGAAUCCAAUAUUCUUGCUGUUGAAACAAAUGAAUGAACAGACGCAGCAACAACUUGAAAACGCGCGUGAAGAGCGACAACGAAAAGAAAUGAGAGAAGCACAAGAAGAGGCGAAUCGAAUCGAGAAAGAAGUGAAUGAGGCGAGGAUUCGGAUGGAGCAACAAAGAGCUGACAACGAGAGAAAAGAAAGAAACCGCGAAGAGGAUCGAAAGGAACGAGAAGCCGAGAGGGUUCGCAAAGAAGUCAACGAUCGAGUAGAGGAGACAAAAAAACGACAAGAAAAAGCGGCUGCUGAACAGAAAGAAAGAGAAAGAGAAAGAGCUGAAAGAGAAAAAGGAUUCAUUCGGAGAGUCUGGGGAUGGAUGUAU